AUGCCAGCCAGUGUUACCAACACGUGCAACAUACCAGCAAGUGUUACCAACACGUGCAACAUGCCAGCCAGUGUUACCAACACGAGCAACAUACCAGCAAGUGUUACCAACACGUGCAACAUGCCAGCCAGUGUUACCAACACGUGCAACAUACCAGCAAGUGUUACCAACACGUGCAACAUGCCAGCCAGUGUUACCAACACGUGCAACAUACCAGCCAGUGUUACCAACACGUGCAACAUGCCAGCCAGUGUUACCAACACGUGCAACAUACCAGCCAGUGUUACCAACACGUGCAACAUGCCAGCCAGUGUUACCAACACGUGCAACAUGCCAGCCAGUGUUACCAACACGUGCAACAUGCCAGCCAGUGUUACCAACACGUGCAACAUGCCAGCCAGUGUUACCAACACGUGCAACAUGCCAGCCAGUGUUACCAACACGUGCAACAUGCCAGCCAGUGUUACCAACACGUGCAACAUGCCAGCCAGUGUUACCAACACGUGCAACAUGCCAGCCAGUGUUACCAACACGUGCAACAUGCCAGCCAGUGUUACCAACACGUGCAACAUGCCAGCCAGUGUUACCAACACAAACAUGCUGUUUGUGCUGAUUCAAACUGUUUAUGCAAAGUCAACAUUCCAAUCUCAUCAAUCUCAAUAA